AUGGCUACGGGGCCAACAGAGGUCACACAGUCACCUGAAACAGGAGAGACAGUCGAAGAGUACACAGGAAAGAAAAAAUCCAAAUUUCAGACGUUCAAGAACUUCUUUGCCAAGAAGAAAAGGAAAGAGCCUCCACCUCCCAGGGGAGAGAGUAAUUUAAAACCCAGCCAGUCCAGCAGCGAUGUCAGCGUCCCUGUGCUCGGCGCUGCUGCGCUGCGCCCGCCGGAGGAGGCUGGGCCCAAAGGAAGCAUGGGAAACAAAGCCUUGUCCCAUGACAGUGUCUUCAUUUUUGAGUCUGCAGCAGGAAAUGUGGCAAGCAACAAGUUAUCUCAGGAAAGCAUACCUGGAAGAGUGAAAACUUUGCAGCUUCAGUUGCAACAGAACAUCAGACUUGGAUCACCUCCUCUUGUUAUAGCUGGGAAGAAGCUAGAAGAUGCAGGUGCUGUUUCUGAAGAUGAUGGUUUACCUAGAAGCCCUCCUGAAAUUUCAACCCUUCAUGAAGUUCUGACAGAUUCACCAAGCAAGUCCUCCAACCCUGUUCAGCGUCAUAGCUCUUUGAGUUUAGGCGGGACAGACAGUGAAGAUGAACAGAUACCUUCUGGAGCAUCCUCCAGGCCCAUCAGUCCUUCAUCCCCAGCCACUCUGGGAGCCCCCAGCUCACGAGGCAGCACCUUCCUUCCUGUUGACUUCACCAUCCCUGCCAGUCCCCUUGGCUGCCUGGACACCUCAGCAGCCCGGCACAGGAUUGCCCUGAACCCCCGGAAACAGAGAGGCUUCACCAACAAGAAUCAGCAAACCUCCCAGGUGGAACAGCUGGAAAAUGAAGCAUGUCUUCCUGCAGUCCCAGAAAAGAAGGGAAAUUCAACAGAAUUACUUGAAAGUGACGAGCAUAGAAGAUUAUCAGCCCAGGUGGGACAUUGUGCAAAGGGAGGCAGUUCUAAGGAGGCACCAGGUGUAAAAAGUCCCACUGAUACUGCCUGUGACUUUUGUGAUUCCACACUUGUGGUGGAAGACCCUUGUGCUUUGCUGCAAGAGGAUGCAGGCUUUCCAGACAUGGACCACCAGUGUAAAGCAGCUGCACCCCUUCUGACACCUGAGCCUUCCCCAGGGUACUUGGAGGAACACCACAGUGCAACAGGGUCAUACUGUUCAGAUGAGUCUGCUGAUGACUUGAGAUUGCACCAGCAAAAUUCCAGCACUGAAGUAUCUGCACUUCCAAAACAAAUUGAAGGAGAAACUGUUGUAUUUCCAGUUGUACUACCAGCUGACCUGUUUAGUAAUGGUGUGGAAAAAGAAGGCAUGGAUACAUUGGCAGAUGUUGCACAAAGGUCCUCAGUAAAUUCUGUGGACCUGAACAUGAAAGACCAGGAAAAGGGGGAUGCACUGUUUAUUGGCAGAGUAGAGGCCUGCUUGGGUACUUUUGAGAAUCAUUCCAACCACACUGUCUCAGAUACUGCACCAAGCACUGCACAGGUUGUGGGAGCCAAUUCAGAGUCAUCUUCUGACAUCAAGACAGUGACUGUUUUGAAGCUUGAAAAGGGUUCAGUAGCAAGAAAUGACAAAGAAGCUUGUGAAAGAAUGGAAUUUCAGCCAUCCAAAGGCAAUGCAGGAAGAAAAAUAGAGACUGCUGCAUCUGUCUGGGAAGCAGGUUGUGUGCUACCUCCCAGUACCUUGGAAGCAGGUUUUAAAGCAGAAACUGUGUCUGUUUCAAUGGGUAACCAAGGCAGUCAACAGGCCAACACACCGUACACCUCUGAAAAACCUUCUGUUGGAUAUCUUGCCUCUUCACAUUUGACUGGCUUGAAGAGUAAUAUCUCUUCCAGUGAUGCCAGUAAGGAGUACCAGGUAAGCAGUGCAGCUUCUCACAAGAAAACUGUGGAAGACAGUCAGUGUUCAGAUGAAAAUGUGAAAAGUCCACUGAAGACUGCUUCUGCUAAACCAGUCAGAUUUACCAUUGCACCAGCAUGGCAAAGGUCUCUCUCAGGUGGUUCAAAUUCAAAGGAAGAUUCCUAUUCCAGAAGUUCCCCAACGUCCCCUGUAAGAUCAGAGUGGUUUGAAGGAAUGACAAAAGAACACACACGUUUUGAAGCAGUCAUCCAGGAAUCAGCAAAAGCCAACUCAGGUAGAUUAGAUCAAGAUUGUAAGGACAGUGAUUUGCCUUUCAGUGCUUCUAUGGAGUGGGCUGACCAUGAAGUACAAAAUGUUGAAAACCCAUUUGGGGUCAAACUAAGGAGAACAUCAUCUUUACUGAAAUACCAGAAUGAAAGAUGUGCUGAGUCUCCAAAGCUGAUCCCCUCAGCUGUUCCCACUGCAUCUUCUACUUCAGUCAAGGAGGAUCAGAAAUUGGUGGACAAUGGGAAGCCAUCUCCAAGGCUUCCUGUCAGCACAAAAUCAUGUGUUAAAAAAACAGAUCAUCUAGAAGACAAAAAUCCUCCCAAGACAAGAGCUGAAGAAAUGACAAAAAAACAAAAUGGUCAUAAACCUUCAGAAAAAGUCUCUUGUCCACAUUUGGAAACUGCUUCUUCUGAACCAGCUUGGGUCUUCAUGGCAAAACGGAAACAAAAGGGUUUUCAGGACCACCCUCUUGCCAAAGAACAUAAAGCUGAAGACAAAGCUUUGACCAAAGUGGAGGAGCCAGGGAUCUGUGCUAGUGAGAACAUACUGAAGAAAAAUGUACCAUCCAGCUUGAGCUCUCAGGACAAGAAAAUGCAAACGAAGACCAGUGUGUCUGCUGCAGCAGCACCGUGGCUGUCCUUGGCCAAGAAGAAAGCCAAAGCAUGGAGUGAAAUGCCCCAGAUUGUACAAUAG